AUGUUGCCUGGUAUCGGUGUUUUUGGAACUGGCUCAGUGGCAAAAGUUUUAGUGCCAUUUCUAAGAGAAAAAGGAUUUUCAGUCGAAGCAAUAUGGGGUGUGACUCUACAAGAAGCCGAAAAUACUGCUAAGGAGCUCAAAAUUCCAUUUUUCACUAACAAAAUUGAUGAUGUUUUACUUAAGAAGAACGUGAGCUUAGUGUUUAUUGUGUGUGCACCUAAUUUACACGCUCAAAUAUCAGUAAAAGCCCUCGGCAUUGGUAAGCAUGUUGUAUGCGACAAACCUGCAGGCCUUUGCCAAGCCGAGGCCUUAAAAAUGGUUAGAGCAGCUCAGUAUUAUCCUACACUAAUAUCAAUAAUCAAUCAUUCCUUGAGAUUUCUACCAGCAUUCAUUCAUAUGAGAAAAUGCAUUAUGGAUGGAUAUUUGGGCAAUCCAAGUGACUUAACAUUAAUUGAUGUAAGAGUACAAAUGGGUUCCUUGCUCGGUGAGACAUACAAUUGGUUGUGCGAUGAUACCAUGGGUGGCGGCACUCUUACUUUAGUUGGUAGUCAUGUGAUAGACUUAGUUUCUUAUCUAAGUGGACAGAAAGUUGUAAAAGCUCACGGUGUGUUAAGAACAUUUGUAGAAGAGACAGAAAAGGUUAAUGGAAUCAGAAAAAUCACAGCUCCAGACUUUUGUACAUUCCAAUUACAAAUGGACAAAGGAUUGUUGGUUACAGCAACUCUGAAUAAUCACCUACCUGGAUCGUGUUUCAACCAGGAGUUCUAUGUUUGUAGUAAGAGGGGUUAUUUAGUUGUAAGAGGCGGAGACUUACAUGGAAGAUUACAUAAGUCUAACUCUAAAAAUAUUAUUGAAGAGGAAGGCAAGAGACCUCACGACAAAGAAGAAGUAAUAUAUGUUGAUAUCGAGGAUUUGAGUUGUGCUUCGAGUGUCAUUCCUAAGCCUUAUAUAAAAGGACUGUGCAAAAUGAUAAGUGCUCUUAAAGAAGCCUUCUUGCCAGUUAAAGAGCAAAUGGAUUGGAUUAAGGAGCCAGUUAAAGCCGCUGCAACGUUUGAGGAUGGGCAACGGGUACAAGCAACAAUGGAAGCAUUAAGACAGUCUAGUGAUGAUGGCUGCUGGAAAACUGUACAGCUUCUCACUGAACCUCCUGAUCCAAACCCUGCCUUAUCAGCAGCAGUGAGACGCACGGCCAUAUCUCUACAGUAGAUUUAUAUCUUUAUGUGUCUAAAUGCCAUUAUUAUGUACCUUCAUUUAGUUUGUAAAUUGGUUUAUGAAUGUUACUUAUUUUACAUCUAAAUGUAUGUCAUGUAUUUUGUUUAAAAUAUUAUGAAUUUGAUAUCUCGUAGAGGAGUCUAUAUACUAUUUACAUAGUUAAUUUAGUUUUGUAACACUAAUGGUGAUGUAAUAAGUCAGUUGUAUUAGCAAUCAGUUUUUUCGAUUGUAUAAUUUAAGAAAAAAAUAUUACAGUAUUAUUUUUACUUUUGGUUCUGCUGUAUUUUAGACAUUUUCGUAAUAUCGUGUGACUACUUGCCAUUGUUUACUUAAAAUAAUCAGUGAUUUUAAUUUUUAGAUAUAUACUACCUAAUUAUAACACUGGUGAUUUAUCAUUUGUCAAGAUCUGUACUAAAUACAAAUAAAUAUAAUAUAAUAUUA